AUGAUUGAGACCCAAAUAGAGAUCGCCGCCUCGCCAGCACAAGUACGAGAAGCCCUGCUCGACUUCUCCAAAUACCCAGAAUGGCAUACUAGUUUUAUCAAGCUACUCCAACCAGAGGACGAAUCCCAGUCCUUGCAAUCUCUUCAGACUGGCGAUAAGGUCAAAUGCGACAUCGACGGUAUGAAGUUUACUGCAGAGAUCAAAGAGAACUCAGAUUCGCUAUUCCAGUGGCAAGGACCCCCGGUCUUUGGCUUAAUUGCCGGUCUCCACAGCUUUCACAUGGAACCGGCCAACAACGGCUCUUCGACGAUCUUCAAACAGACCGAGAUAUUUACUGGUCCAAUCUCUUUCUUGAUGACCCCCUCGUUCUUGGGGAGGAAGAUGCUGGGCCAGUUUGGCCAAUUCAAUACGGAUCUGAAGGCUCGUGCUGAAGCCUUGAAAUGA